AUGGCCAAGACCAAGGACCUGAUGGCUGUCUCGUCGGAGGCUGAGCUCAGACAUGUGUUGGACCAACUCCAUGAGCAGGAGGACGCUCUCAUCUACAAGCUUGAUGCCCCAAUGAAGGACAGUAGGAACUUGUAUCAAGAUAUUGACGGCCUUGAUAGUCUCCAUGGAAACCUGGAUAUGCAACUCAUCGUAGCUCGAAGCAUCCAUAGCGCAAUACUAUCUCCCGCAGGCGACACCGCUGGGCGACUAUCCACCAUGAUACGCGCUUUAGAUAUGGAGAAGAGAAGAGUAGAAGCUACGCUAAUGGUUAUCGAGCAAGUUAUGGAGCUCAAGACGUGUAUAGCUGGUCUCAUAGGCAGCAUGGGUGCUCCUCAGGACUGGGAGGCUGCCGCCAACUACCUCUCACGCGCAUCGGAUAUACCCGAGGAUAUUGUUCGCGGGGACUUCGCUCUAACCGUCGUCCCGAGCAUUGAGGCUCCAGAUCCCCCAUGGACUACAAUUCAGACUGCUCGCAAAAGCCUCUGCGCUCUAUUCUUGAGGGAAUUCAACGCCGCUGCCGCACAAGGUGACGGCGCAAAGGUCGCACGGUUCUUCAAGCUAUUCCCAGUCAUUGGAGGUGGUGCGGAGGAAACGGGGCUGGAAGCCUACGGACAGUAUAUCUGCCAAGGUAUGGCGGAAACAGCCCGAUCAGCUCUCAGGCGACCACAAGAGGAACGUGGCAGACAGAACGAUUUGUUUUACGCAAAUAACCUAGCACGACUCCUUGAGCACAUUGUGCAAAUCACCAACAGCCACAGUGGUCUGGUAGAGAGGCACUACGGCGCUGAUAAAGUCGUGAAGGUCAUUGAAAGACUUCAAAAAGAGGCUGACAUACAGGGCGGAAUUAUCUUGGAUACUUGGAACGAAGAGCGGUCGUUUGCCAGGAUUAUGGCUGACAUUAAGAAUUACCCAUUCUCUUUUCUCUCGAAAAGCAUGGUGCCAUUUCAGAGAGGCAUUAGUUUUGCGCUACGAGGCAACGAAACGAACAAGGCUAAAGUCAACUUGGACGUGAAGAAGGUUGAGGAGCUGUUUGGAGAAAUGACAUCAAUGCUGAAGAGUUGGUCACUUUACAAACGAUUUGUUACAAGUAGAUGCAAGGGCGUUCUCGACCAAGAAGAAAAGCAACCGCCUCCGAAAUUUCUGGAUCAAUGUGAUCUACACAAGAAGGUCUCAGAGAAGCUCAUCGAGCCAUAUAAACUUACGGCAACAUUUCUCUUCCGAAGAUCAGUAGAGAAGGCUUUUGAGAUGGAUACUGCGCCAAGUGGCCUCUCACUAUUGAAGCCAUGCGAUGGCAGUCCACCAUUUAUUCUGCAAGCCUUAGACGACGUAAUGUACGUCGUGGACAAUCUUCUACAGCAUGUCCUAUCUACGGGAAACAGAGAGGUGACCGUCUCUGCCACAUCGGCUAUCAGCAGGGUCCUCGAAUCGGAUUUCAUCGGGAUCAUCCAUAGGCGCAUGAAAGAUGAGUGCUAUCCCAAAGCAGCCGCUCAGGGUGGGUUUCCACGGGAGGAAAAAGUCAUCAGCUUCAUGGUUUUGAUGAACACUCUUGACAUGGCAAAAGAGUACUUAGACCGUAUUUUAACCUCCAGAGGCUACGUCUCAGAAGCCCAAGGUGCUGAUGUGGCUAUCUCAUCUACGCGAACACUCAACGACUCCUUUACGUUUGGCAGGGAUGCCGAAAUGGUUGCGAAUGGACUUCGGAGGCUGAAAGAUGCACUAUGUGCUAAAGCUACAGAGCUUCUGAACAAUGGCAUACUUGCACUGUUUGAUGAGGUGUUGUGGCCUCGGAUCAGGCUGAUCCUCACAACCUCUUUCCAAAACGCUGUUUAUGAUGUGUCGGAAGGGGAGCCAUUGGCCGAAGAGGAUGUUGAUGGAGAGACAAUACAGCAAGUGUCGUUGCGAUUCGAGGGCGAGUGGUUGGCCUUGACACGGCCACUGAAGCACAUCAUGACGCCGAGAACAUACGCAGCGUUGGCUUGCCUCGCAGCUAACAAGCUGGCAAGGGUGCUAGAGAAGCGUGCUUGGAGUUCCUCUGGUCGUGUGACUACAUUUGGCGGUUUGUGGUUGGAGUCGGACUUCUCUGGUAUCAUAAGCGUCAUCGCCAACGACGACUACGCCCUUCGCACACCGUUUGCCCGAUUGCAAGAGAUUCUUGAAGUUGCUAACAUGGAAGACGAUGAAUGGGAUGAGCUUGAAUCAGCAUACGGCUCGUCUAGGCAAGAAAGGAGCAGGUUACUACUCAGCGACGAGGACAUAGAAUGGUCGCGUAAGAUCGUGAGAAGAUAG